AUGGCCGAAACCGUAAUUUUCUUCGCCGCCACCGGAGAACCUCCUCUGUUACGAUUCUUCAACAACACCUUAAUCUCCUUGAAACGAAACCUCCUCGCUCACAUUCUCCGCUUGCGAAACGACGCCGCGGCAUACGCCAGGAUUUGCUGUGGCGUGGACGCGGCGAUUGAGAAAAAGUGCGGAGUGGACGCGGGAGAUUGUUCGUCGAACGACAGGAGCUUUGGCGCCGAUGAGAAUGGACGGGAAGCUGUUUUCAAUGCGCUGGAUGCUAUGCUUAAGGGUAGUUUAGAGCGGCUGAAGAUGAUGAGGGAAAACCUAUGUUUGGUAAAGAUAGGUCUAGCUAUGGGACAUGCAUGUGAAUUCAAUUAUACUGAAUAUACAGCCACUAUUAGGCUUUUGUGUUUGGACAGUAAGUUAGGAGCAGCUCUUUGGCUUCGUAGGAAAAUGGUGCAGAAAGGUGUUGUUCCUGACGUGUUUACCCACAACCAUAUUGUAAAUGGACUGUGCAAAAUUGGUUUUCUGGAGAAGGCGGAUUGGGUUGUUGGAGAGAUGUUAGAAUUUGGUCCUCGUCCCAACUGUGCCACUUAUAACACUUUGAUUAAGGGCUAUUGCGCUGUUAAUGGUGUGGGUAAGGCUUUGUAUCUGUUCUCCGUCAUGUCCAAUGCUGGGAUUCUUCCAAACAGGGUUACUUGUAACAUACUGGUGCAUGCACUGUGUGAGAAAGAUCUUCUGAAGGAAGCUAAGAGGAUGCUCAAAGAAAUAUUGAAGGAUGAUGACAAGAAAGAUAUACCAGACUUAGUUACCUCUACUAUAUUUAUGGAUAGCUACUUUAAGAAUGGAGCAAUUAUUCAGGCCCUCAGUCUUUGGAAUCAGAUGCUUCAAAAUUGUACUAAAGUUGAUGUUGUAGCUUAUAAUGUUCUUAUCAAUGGAUUUUGCAAGAAUCUACAAAUGAACCUUGCAUAUGGAUAUGCGUGUGAGAUGUUUAAGAAAGGUUUACUUCCUGAUGCUUUUACUUAUAAUAUUCUUAUUGGUUCUCUUUGCAAGGAAGGAAAAAUUAGUGAGGCUUGCUAUACCCUUGGAGUUAUGUCUAACAUGGGAAUAAUGCCUGAUCCAAUUACAUACCAGAUUGUCAUUCGAGGCCUUUGUUUUGACGGAGAGAUUGUUAGAGCAAAAAACUUGCUUUGGUGUAUGUUGAACAGUUUAAUGGUGCCCAAACCUUUAAUAUGGAAUCUAAUAAUUGACUUAUAUGGGAGAUAUAAUGAUCUUAGUAAUGCUUUUUUUACCAGAGAUCAGAUGCUGGCUUUUGGUGUUCGCCCCAAUGUAUAUACUUAUAAUUCUUUAAUUCUUGGACAAGUGAAGAGUGAAAAUUUCUAUGGUGCAUGGUCUCUGAAGGAAGAGAUGCUUUCAAAAGGUCCCUUUCCUGAUGUUGUUACCUAUAAUUUGUUGAUAGGUGCAGCCUGUAAUUUAGGACGUCCUGAUUUUGCUCUUCAAUUACAUGAUGAGAUGGUGCAGAGGGGGUAUGCACCAGAUUUAAUAACUUAUACUGAACUUGUUAGGGUGUUCUGUGUUAGAGGUAAGAUGAAAGAGGCAGAAGAGCUCUAUGCCAAAAUAUUAAAAUCUGGUUUAUUAAACGAUCAUGUUCCAGUUCAGAUUAUUUUCAAUAAAUACUGCAAAUUGGAAGAACCAGUGAGAGCAUUUAACUUUUAUCAAGACUGGUUGGAAAGUAAAAAGGAUAGUCAUCCUUAA